UGAGGAUGCCGGAUGUCAGAUGCAGCAGAGACGAAAUAGGAGGAGAAACAGUCUUGGUUUUAUUCUUGCAAGAAAAUUUGAUUUGCUGUGAACAAUUGGUGAGAUUACUUACUUCCUUAAUGACUCCACAAAUUGAAACACGCUUCCCGUCCUCCUUUUCCAGAGCCUCAGCAGAGGUUGUCACUGGAGGGGCCGAAAAAUUUCGGAUAUCCUCCUCCCAUUUGCUGAUGAGGACUCCCUUAUCAUCCUCUGGGUUUCCAGUUACAACAUUUAUAAAAAGGAUUUGCAAAUUGUGGACAGGUACUCACCAUGGUCCCUCUCUUGAUUUGGUGAUUGAAGGUUGUCGUAAUGACUGCCUCUGA